AUGGAUUUCGAAUUUCUAGAAUCAUAUUACAGAACUUAUUUCCCGUGCAAUGACCUCUGCAGAUGGUUAAAUCAAGGAAUAAUGCUUGAAACAGACAACCCCUUAGACAAUAAAUCAUAUUUCGAAAGGCGAGAAUUUUCUUUUUAUCUUCAAGGAGACGUGUCCUGCCGACACAUAAGCUUUAGUUCACCAGGUGAAUUUAGAGAGCAACUUAUCCACGAUAAACCAGAAAAAUUUGGUAUUGGGGCAGUUUAUACCAUUCCCCCAAAAACUAAAAAUCUCAAAGAUAAAGAAAUUAAAUACGAACCAGUCGAACGAGAAUUCGUGAUCGACAUAGACAUGACCGAUUACGAUAAAGUUCGAACCUGCUGCUCUGGUGCAGUUGUAUGUCAGCUUUGCUGGAAGUUUAUGGUGCUCGCUUGCAAAUCAAUCGACACCAUUCUCAAAGAGCUAUUUGGCUUCAAAAUUAAUUUAUGGAUUUAUUCAGGCAGAAGGGGUGUUCACUGCUGGGUGUGUGACCCAGCCGCAAGACGUUUAAAUGACUUCAAGCGCAAAGCAUUAAUUGAGUUUUUGAAUUCUGGACCGAAUUCUAAUUCUCGUUUCCUUGAAAUCUGCUGGGAAAUUUUUAAGCCUCGCUUUGAGGAAAUCAUUGUACAGGAUCAAAAAUUGUUUGAAAAUCAGGAAAGACUCAACGAAUGCGUUGAAAUUAUUAAUGAAGAGUUGGGGACUGAUAGUAAAUUCACAGUUAAAGGCUCCAGCGAAGAGACAUGGGCUGAAAUUCUGGAAUUUAUUGACUCACAGCCAGACCCUCAGCUGAUAGACCAAAUCAAGUAUAAGAUAUGUUUUAAGUAUUUAUAUCCAAGACUCGACAUCUACGUUUCUAUGGAAAUGACUAACUUGCUGAAAUCUCCAUUUUCUGUUCACCCGAAGACAGGGAAUAUUUCUAUUCCAAUUUUAGUCGAAAAUGUUGAAAAUUUCAGAGUCGACAAAGUCCCAAAUCUGGCAGGCCUAUGUGAGGGUACAGAUGAUCUUACCCCUUAUGUAGAAAUUCUAAACAAUGUGAGUGACCAACUGAGAGAGUCCAACAGAAAAGACAGAAAAAGAAGGUCAGCUAUUUCUCAUGUACAAAAUGUGGAGCCAAGGCUUUAA